UCCACAACAACAACAGCAACAACAUGAUGUGUCCUUCUUUUCUGCUUCUUUGUCCUUCUCUGACUUCUCCUCAGAUUGAUAUUAGACUACUACACGAAACCCAGAACCUUCCCCUCUCUCUCAUCUCUCAUCUCUCAUCUCUCUCUUUUUCUUUCUUUCUUUCUUUCUUCUGUUUCCUUUUUCUUGCUCUUCAUCCGUCUCCUUCUUUGAUUCUGUGAUCAUACUCAUCUUGUGAUGAAUCGAACUCACGGUCCCUCGAAUCCUCCUAAUCUUUUUGAGGAUCCGAAGGUCAGGCUUAGGCAUCACAGUCUUAUGCAAGACUAUCAAGAAUUGCAUAUGGAAACCGAAGCUAUGAGAAAAAGGUUACAGACAAUACGAGAAAAAAAGGCAACAUUAAAGGCCGAAGUUCGAUUUCUACGACGGAGAUACAGACAUUUGAGACAAGACCAGCCACAAGAAAUCAAGAAAGUGAGAGGAAGAUCAAAUGGUGGGAAAAAUAUCCGAGUAGAAGUGUCUUCUAACAAGAGAAGUGAAGUGGAAACUAAGCAUGUUUCGCUUCCUGACUUAAACCACUCGGGAAGGGAUCACGAUGAAACCAAAACCAGUCUUCAAAGAAAAGUUCCAUUAUUUGAUCUUAACCAGAUCUCCGGAGAAGAAGAGGAAGAAACAGAGGCAGUGAACAAUAAUCAAGAGAAGACGAGAGUGGAAGAAAGCAGUCCAUGUAUGAGAGUGAGUACUUCUAGCAUUGAGAUGCAGCAACAGCAACAGAAGCUAUCGUCUUGCAGGAAUGGUGGAAACGGUUCAAAUAAGAGGAAGAUCACAUGGCAAGAUUCUGUUGCAGCUCUCAGAGUCUAAACAGAUAAAAGAACCUUUUGUUCUUCUUCAAGUAUCUUGUAACAUACAUCAAUUUUUAGCUUAUCUGGUCCGCCUUGAAAACACAUCCAAUUGUGACUUUGAAAACAUGAAAGAAAAAAAAAACAUUAUCCCUUCUCCA